GCACCUCACUCAAGAACUCUCUCUCUCUAAAAAGCUCCUCCUUCGCCCUUGGUCUUAUCCGUUGGUGAAUUCAGGAAGACGAUGAAUGCAUCGGGAACGAUGCGACACGAGAAUCUACUUUUCCUGAAGGAUUACUAUUACAUUAGAGACGAGAAGCUCCCGUUGUUCGAUUACAUGGCCCUGAGAAGCUUCAAUGGACUUUUACACGGAGGCAUAGGGUACUUGCACUCUCAAGGUCCCAAUGUCUUCCAUGGAAAAAUCAAGUCAACCAGUGUCCUCCUUACAACGUCUUAUGAUCCGUUAGUUUCCGAUUAUGGCCCGAACUGCAUCCAGGCGCCUCUGAAAGAUGCACUGAAGGCCGCUGACCCUCAAAAGGACGAUGUCUAUAGCUUUGGGGUAUUGCUUGUGGAGCUUCUAACUGGGAAAAUGUCUUGUGAGGCUGAUUUUGCAUAUUUGUUUAAUUCCACAACCGAAAGGCGCUGGGAUGUUGAUGAUUUCGAUCCUGAGCUGGGUAAUUACCAGAAUUUCCAGGAUGAGUUAAUGGGACUAUUGCAGGUGGCGAUGGCUUGCGCAUCCAACCCCUCUCAGAGGCGACCUGCAAUGUCUGUAGUACAGAGGAUGAUUGAAGACCGGCUGUCACAGCCACAGCACAACAAGAUCAUCGAAGCGAACGAUGACUUGUCUAAAAGGACAAGGGGUGCAAUUCUAGUGUGUCAAGAUUCUUGAUGUGAAGCAUGUGGACUAAUCCUGGUGCACUAUGGCCUUACAAUGGAUAUUAUUUAACAAAAAUCUGUCUGACGGAGGGGUGUUGGAAGUCUCAGACAGAGUCUAUGUGUUCGAUUACUGUCUCACCUGGGAUUGGUCUUUUUUCGGCCAAGUUACCACAGACUGGUUGUAGGAUGACGAAUAUAAGUUUUACAUGAGAGGCAUAGUUGCAAAACUCCAAGACCAAUUUCCUGCAGCCUCUUUCAUGGUGCUCAAUUUCAGAGAACAAGAUAACCAAAGCCAAAUGGCUAAUUUGUUGUCUGGAUAUGAUAUAACUGUCAUAGAACUCCCUCAAAUUAUGGAGGUUGCCCUAUACCGACAGUGGAGAUUAUCCACAACUUUUGAGAUCUGCCGAUGAAUGGUUGUCAUCUGAUAUGCAACAGAAUGUGCUGUCGAUGCAUUGUGAAAGGGGUGUGUGGCUAGUUUUGGCAUUCAUGUCGGCUUCUCUUUUGUUAUAUAGGAAGAAGCAGGAUGGGGAGCAGAAAACACUUGACAUGAUUUACAAGAAAGUGCCCCGUGAACUCUUGCAGCUGACAUCGACUCUAAAUUUGUUGCCUUCCCAGCUGAGAUACCUCCACUAUGUUUCCAUACAGAAUGCUGGUUCAGAUUGGCCUCCACCAGACAAGGCGCUUGUAAUCAAAAGUGUUGAAGGGGCAUGUCGUCCUACUGUUAAGAUAACAGGACAGGACCCCUUUAUGGUUGCUGAUCAAACUCCCAAAGAUCUGUUCUCCACACCCAGAAGGAGUGAACAUGUGAGGCAUUACAAACAGGUAAUUCUAAUUUUGUUGGCAAUCGAAAAAACCUAAAAUUAUUCAAGAGAUCUUGUUUGUAUAUGUUUGUUAGGUAUGACUCCACUUGCUCUCCCAUGUAUUCAUUAGUUUCUAGUACCAGACUUUUUCUCCUUAUAUAUUUGUAAAUCCUUGCUGGAUUUAUGGAUUGGAGCUUUAGGCAGUCACAGUUAUCUAAAU